AUGGCGAUGACACCUGAGUACGAUUACCUCUUCAAGCUACUUCUCAUUGGUGACUCUGGCGUUGGCAAGUCCUGCCUGCUGCUGCGUUUUGCAGAUGACACCUACACGGAGAGCUACAUCAGUACGAUUGGUGUUGACUUCAAGAUCCGCACCCUCGAUUUGGAGGGGAAGACGGUGAAGUUGCAGAUCUGGGAUACAGCCGGACAGGAGCGAUUCCGUACGAUCACCAGCAGCUACUACAGAGGUGCUCAUGGCAUCAUUGUGGUCUACGACGUCACGGACAAGGAGUCCUUCAACAAUGUGAAGCAUUGGAUGCAGGAGAUUGACAAAUAUGCAGCUGACGGUGUCAACAAGCUGUUGGUCGGCAAUAA